CGUGUCUUCCUGCACAGGUCCAACAAAGUUUGAAGGCGGUGAAAUCUGUAAAACGUCUUUCUGAUUUUACACCAGAAUCAGUCUGUUCUGCUUCUCUUUUUCCCUGAGGCAUGUCUCAGGACAGUCAGCAUGGCAAGUGGACCAUCUCCAGCAGUGAUGAUGAUGACGAUGACGAGAAUCUUCCUCCUUCUGGGACCACAGCAUCCGAGUCCCGUCAGACUGCUGAGUCCACUCGCAGCUCUUAUAGGUCUGCCUCUCCAGUGCCGGUAAAAGCAGAACCCGCCAGACCUCCAGAGGUUUCUCUCGCCGUCGGCUCUGAGGCCAGACAGUCGGCUGCGAGGAACCAGUUAAAUCCAGUCAAGCCUGAAAGCAGCCCCUCGCCGGCUAGGAAGAGGAAGAAGAAAGAAGUGUCAGACGGCACAGGCUGGGCUCUCUCAGACAGUGAUGGAGAUGAUGGAGAUGUGAAAAAGAACAAUCCGGACAACCCGCAGACAAAAAAGCCAAAAGUGGAGCUUGAGCGUCCUCCGAGUCCUCACGGCCGGCUGUACUACCUGGAUGAGCCCGACGACUUCUUCGAGUCCAGCGUUCCUCCUCUGAAAGACACCUACAGGUUCUACCUCAACAAAGUCACGGGACUGAACAGGAAGUACAACACUGGAGCUCUGCACAUCAGAGAUAUUCUCUCUCCAUUAUUUGGCACACUGAAAGAGUCUGUUCAGUUUAACUACUGCUUCGAUAUCCCUUGGAUGGUAAAGCAGUACCCACCAGAGUUCAGGGACCAUCCCGUUCUUAUCGUCCAUGGAGAUAAGAGGGAGGCCAAAGCACGACUGCUGCAACAAGCGCUGCCCUUUUCACACGUCCGCUUCUGCCAGGCCAAGUUGGACAUUGCUUUUGGAACUCACCACACGAAGAUGAUGUUGCUGUGGUACGAGGAAGGCUUCCGAGUCAUCAUUCUCACCUCCAACAUGAUCAGAGCUGACUGGUACCAGAAGACACAAGGGAUGUGGAUGAGCCCUCUCUUUCCACGGUUACCAGAGGGGAGCAGUCCAAGUGCAGGCGAGUCGCCCACCUUCUUCAAGCGGGACCUGCUGGACUACCUGGCGUCGUAUCGUGCACAAGAACUUGAAGAGUGGAUCCAACGGAUCAAAGAACACGACCUGUCAGAGACGAGAGUUUAUUUGGUCGCUUCGACUCCAGGGAGGUAUGUCGGUUCAGACAUGGAGCUCUGGGGCCACCUGAGGCUGAGAAAGUUGUUGCAUGAGCACACAAAUCCAAUUCCUGGUGAAGAAAGGUGGCCUGUGAUUGGCCAGUUCUCCAGCAUUGGCUCCAUGGGAGCAGAUAAGACCAAAUGGUUGGCGGCAGAGUUUCAGCGCACCCUGACCACACUUGGGAAAUCCUCUCUUCGCCCAGAUCCUCCCAUGCAUUUGCUUUAUCCUUCAGUGGAUGAUGUGAGGCUGAGUUUAGAGGGCUACCCAGCUGGCGGCUCUCUUCCUUACAGCAUCCAGACAGCUCAGAAACAGCUCUGGCUCCACUCCUACUUCCAUCGCUGGAAGGCAAAUUGCACAGGGAGGAGUCACGCCAUGCCGCACAUCAAAACGUAUAUGAGGGUUUCACCAGAUUUCACACAACUCGCUUGGUUCCUUGUCACAAGUGCUAACCUGUCCAAGGCAGCAUGGGGCGCACUGGAGAAGAACAACACUCAGGUGAUGGUGCGUUCAUACGAGCUGGGAGUCCUCUACGUACCGUCAGCUUUUAACAUGAAGACGUUCCCCGUUGAUAAAAAUCCAUUUCCUGUCACGUCUUCCACCUCUGGUUUCCUGGUGCCCUUUGACCUCCCUCCUGCAAGGUAUUCUUCCAAAG